AUGGCGUGCACGUGCGCGGGCCGCGCGUCGCAGUGCCGCCCGCCCGCCACACGCGGCGGUCACAGCUGCGAGCACACCGACCGGGUCGGAUGGCGUCACACAUACCCCUCUCGAGGCGGUCAGCGGCGAACAGGCGGAUGGCGUGCACGUGCGCGGGCCGCGCGUCGCAGUGCCGCCCGCCCGCCACACGCGGCGGUCACAGCUGCGAGCACACCGACCGGGUCGGAUGGCGUCACACAUACCCCUCUCGAGGCGGUCAGCGGCGAACAGGCGGAUGGCGUGCACGUGCGCGGGCCGCGCGUCGCAGUGCCGCCCGCCCGCCACACGCGGCGGUCACAGCUGCGAGCACACCGACCGGGUCGGAUGGCGUCACACAUACCCCUCUCGAGGCGGUCGGCGGCGAACAGGCGGAUGGCGUGCACGUGCGCGGGCCGCGCGUCGCAGUGCCGCCCGCCCGCCACACGCGGCGGUCACAGCUGCGAGCACACCGACCGGGUCGGAUGGCGUCACACAUACCCCUCUCGAGGCGGUCGGCGGCGAACAGGCGGAUGGCGUGCACGUGCGCGGGCCGCGCGUCGCAGUGCCGCCCGCCCGCCACACGCGGCGGUCACAGCUGCGACCACAGCGACCGGGUCGGAUGGCGUCACACAUACCCCUCUCGAGGCGGUCGGCGGCGAACAGGCGGAUGGCGUGCACGUGCGCGGGCCGCGCGUCGCAGUGCCGCCCGCCCGCCACACGCGGCGGUCACAGCUGCGACCACAGCGACCGGGUCGGAUGGCGUCACACAUACCCCUCUCGAGGCGGUCGGCGGCGAACAGGCGGAUGGCGUGCACGUGCGCGGGCCGCGCGUCGCAGUGCCGCCCGCCCGCCACACGCGGCGGUCACAGCUGCGACCACAGCGACCGGGUCGGAUGGCGUCACACAUACCCCUCUCGAGGCGGUCGGCGGCGAACAGGCGGAUGGCGUGCACGUGCGCGGGCCGCGCGUCGCAGUGCCGCCCGCCCGCCACACGCGGCGGUCACAGCUGCGACCACAGCGACCGGGUCGGAUGGCGUCACACAUACCCCUCUCGAGGCGGUCGGCGGCGAACAGGCGGAUGGCGUGCACGUGCGCGGGCCGCGCGUCGCAGUGCCGCCCGCCCGCCACACGCGGCGGUCACAGCUGCGGCCACACCGACCGGGUCGGAUGGCGUCACACAUACCCCUCUCGAGGCGGUCGGCGGCGAACAGGCGGAUGGCGUGCACGUGCGCGGGCCGCGCGUCGCAGUGCCGCCCGCCCGCCACACGCGGCGGUCACAGCUGCGGCCACAGCGACCGGGUCGGAUGGCGUCACACAUACCCCUCUCGAGGCGGUCGGCGGCGAACAGGCGGAUGGCGUGCACGUGCGCGGGCCGCGCGUCGCAGUGCCGCCCGCCCGCCACACGCGGCGGUCACAGCUGCGACCACACCGACCGGGUCGGAUGGCGUCACACAUACCCCUCUCGAGGCGGUCGGCGGCGAACAGGCGGAUGGCGUGCACGUGCGCGGGCCGCGCGUCGCAGUGCCGCCCGCCCGCCACACGCGGCGGUCACAGCUGCGAGCACACCGACCGGGUCGGAUGGCGUCACACAUACCCCUCUCGAGGCGGUCGGCGGCGAACAGGCGGAUGGCGUGCACGUGCGCGGGCCGCGCGUCGCAGUGCCGCCCGCCCGCCACACGCGGCGGUCACAGCUGCGAGCACACCGACCGGGUCGGAUGGCGUCACACAUACCCCUCUCGAGGCGGUCGGCGGCGAACAGGCGGAUGGCGUGCACGUGCGCGGGCCGCGCGUCGCAGUGCCGCCCGCCCGCCACACGCGGCGGUCACAGCUGCGACCACAGCGACCGGGUCGGAUGGCGUCACACAUACCCCUCUCGAGGCGGUCGGCGGCGAACAGGCGGAUGGCGUGCACGUGCGCGGGCCGCGCGUCGCAGUGCCGCCCGCCCGCCGCCACGCGAAGCCGCGCGCCGCCGUAGCGCACCGAGAACACCACGCGGCACGCCACCAGCUCCAGGGAUACUGA